GCAUGUCCUGCGUGGAAGCUUCACUCUCCGCCUGCGGCACGGUGCUUGCAGGCCCAGCACUGCCGCCCAGGAGCCACUGCCGCCCGGGGCCUUUGCUGCUUACGCUUGACCACAUGCACGCGGGCUUCGCCAUGUCCACCCGGAGCUCCACGCGCACGGGGCCUUUGACGCUGGCCUCCAGCGCAGGUAUGCCAGGCCUUUCGCCGCUGCCGUCGGACCUCACGGAGGCGGGGCCCAUGUCGCCAGCCCGCAGCCACGCGCGACCGGGCUCCGCCACGCCUUUGUUGGACUCUGCGUACCUGGGCCUCCCCACGCUUCCCCGAAGCUCCUGCUGGCUUGGCCUGACUAUGCCACCACCAGGCAUCGGGUGGCCAGGCUUUGCCGCAUCAACCUUUGGAUGCGCUGAGCUCGGAUCUGUUCCGUUGGCACGAAGCGCUGUGAGGUAUGGCUCAUCGUUCUCCCAAUUCGGGGUCUUCCGCGCUGGCUCCAUGCUGCCCACUUACGAUUUCUCAUGGCUGGGAUUUCCCAUGCUGUCGCAAAGCCGUGGUCAACUUGGCCUCUUCUUUUCUAUCUUCAGCGCCACUUGCUCAGAUCCAUCCAUGCUUAUGUCGGACUUUGCCUUCUCAGGCUUUGCUGUGUUCUUGCAAGGGCUGGCGUGCUCAGGGUUAGCUACCUUUGUCCCAGAUUUCACACGGUUGGGUUUGUCGCCACUGAUGCAAAGCUCUGUUUGGCUUGGCAGCCAUUCCUUGAUCUUUGGCACGGCACACUUCGGCAGCAUGCUGCCCCUCCUUGAUAUGGUGAACCCAGACCUGCCUCCGCCAACACAAAGCCUGACAAGAUCAGACUCAACAACGCCGUUAGUUGACUGCAUGCACACGAGUCUGUUGCUGUCAAUGCGAUCUCUUGCAUGAGCUGAGCCAAUUCCGUUGUCGUCUGGAGCGGCGCGAUUAGGCCUGCCGAUGUUUUUGUUCGGAGCUUGCUACGUAGGACCGCCUCUCCUGCUGAGGAGCCCUGCUCGCCUGGACUCAAGCACGCCUGUGCCCGACUUUGCGCUGUCAGAUUCCGCAAUGUCACCCCGGAACGCUGCACGUGUUGGCGUGCCAUCCUCAGCCUUUGGGGCAACUUACCUGGGCCCUUCACUGUCUUUGCCUGAUUCUGUGCACGCAGGCCUCCCUUUGUUUGCGCACAGCUUGGCUAGAAUCGAGUCGGUGCUUCCUAUCCUGGACUAUGUGCAUCUUGACUUGGCCAUGCUGAUGAGGAGUUGCGGCCGUGCAGGAUUGGCCGUCCCACUUUUCGGAAUUGCCUGCUCAGGGUUUCCCUUACCAGUGUUGGAUCAUGUGGCCAUGGGCUCUUUCCCUCCACUGAGAAGCGCCGCCUGUCUGGGUCUCUCGAUGUUGGCCUUUGAUUUCUUGUCCCUGGGAUCUUUGCCGUUGUCACGCAUCCACGCUUGUUCCGGCCUGGCGCUGCCGGCUUUCGGCGCUGUUUGCUUUGACUUUCCCACGCCUCUUCCAGACAGCAUGUGUGUUGACCUCUUGAUGCCGCUGAGAUCCCUGGCAUGCCCCGAAGCUUCUCUGCCUUCAC